GUGUCAGCGGCGGCGGCGGCGCGCCAUUGGCUGCCCCCACGUGCGGAGCAGCCUCACGUGCUUCCGGUGCGAGUGAAAAAAGUGUGGCUGCGGGAUUUUUUAGGGAGAGUUUGUUGCAAAGCGCGGAGCUGUCAGAGAUUUGCUUAAAAAAAAAAAUUAAAAAAAAAAUUGACGCGGGCGCCGGGCGAGCUGGCGAGUCCGGGCUCUGCCGAGCCCGAGCCGGGGGCAGAGCGGAGCAUGACACUUGGGGGAGCCCAGACCUGCGGCAUCCGCGGGGAGAUGGGUAGAUUUUAAAGGGGUUUUUUUCGGGGGGAGGGUUUUUGGGGGGCCGCGCUGCUGUUGCAUACAUUUUUUUUUUCGCGGUGGUGGUGGAAAUAUAAGCCGAUCGGGAGAAGGGGGAAGGAAGCCCUCGAGCGUCUCCCCAUUAUUUUUUUUUUUUUUUGGAUCCAUCCGUGCGAGGGGGAAAAAAUCUCAGCUCCAACCCAACAAGUGGAUUUUAUUCUUUUUUUUUGCCUUUUUUUUUCCUCCCCCUUUUCCGCCCCACCACCCACCGGCAAAGUGGGGUGGGCAUAAAGCGGGGCGCGGGGCGGGGGGGGGGGGCCGGCAGCGAGCUCCGUGGCGGGGGCCGAGCAUGGAAGAGCAGCCGGAGGGGCAGAGCCAGCGCGACUCGGCGAGCAGCAGCGGCAGCGAUGGCGAGAGCGUGCCCGUGUCGCCCAGCCCCGCGCCCGCCUCCCCCGCGGCGCCCCGCGCCCUGGCCCUGCCCCGCCACCACCGCCGCCCGCACCCGCCGCCGCCGCCGCCGCCGCACCGCACCACCAACUUCUUCAUCGACGACAUCCUGAGGCCCGACUUCGGCUGCAAGAAGGAGCCGCCCGCGGCGGCCGGCAGCCGCGACGCCGACCGGGGGCAGAGCUCCGCGAGGGACAACGUCAACCCGCUGCUGGCGCCGCCGCCGCCCGACCCGCCCUCCCUCCUCUGCCCGGACUCGAACUGCGGCCCCGACGGCCCCGACGGCGCCGCCGCGCCGCCCGCCGCCCGCGCCAGCCCCGCCGCCGCCGCCGCCAAGGCCCCCGCCGACGGGGGCGACGCUCACCCGGGCAAGUACGGCGAUCACGGCGGCCCCGCCAUCCUCCUCAUGGGCUCCGCCGCCGGCGGGCCCGGCAUCAAGCCCGACUCGCAGCAGCCGCUGGUGUGGCCGGCCUGGGUCUACUGCACUAGGUACUCAGACAGACCCUCCUCGGGCCCGCGCACCAGGAAGCUGAAGAAGAAGAAGAGCGAGAAGGAGGACAAGCGGCCGCGCACGGCCUUCACGGCGGAGCAGCUGCAGCGGCUCAAGGCCGAGUUCCAGGCGAACCGGUACAUCACGGAGCAGCGGCGGCAGAGCCUGGCGCAGGAGCUCAGCCUCAACGAGUCCCAGAUCAAGAUCUGGUUCCAGAACAAGCGCGCCAAGAUCAAGAAGGCCACGGGCAUCAAGAACGGGCUGGCGCUGCACCUCAUGGCCCAGGGACUCUACAACCACUCCACCACCACGGUGCAGGACAAAGAGGAGAGCGAGUAGGCGGCGCGGCGCCCCGCGGAGCCCUGCGCGCCGGCGGGGACGCGCACAGGUGCUAUUUAACGCCAGAUCUAUUGUCUAUCCAUAGUAUAAGGACUCCACUUAAAAAAAUGAUAAUAAUAUGAACACUUACAAAAAAAAUUAUCUCUAUAUAGCCAAACAGCAUAUGACCUUGUAUAUAUUUAAUUUCAGGUAAGAAAUAUGUGUAGCGAUCUCUAUUUGCUGGACAGUUUCUCCCUUCUCUCUUCCCCUCUCUUUUGUUCGUUCGUUCGUUUUGUUUCCUUUCCUUUCUUUUUCGAUGUCCGUUGCUCUUGCUUUACAGUAAAUGUCCGACUUUCUUGAUCUUUCGUUUGAUUUUAUUUUUUUUGUGUGAAUUUCUGUCUCUUUUUUUUUCCCGAGGAAAAAAAAAAAUCUGAUCCACAGACUGCGAGACUGAACCCGCCGCUACAAGCCAAAGAUUUUAUUAUGUUCAGAAAUCUGUAGUCUGAAAUAAAGUGUAGACUGUGUUCAGGA